AUGCCGCCACGCAAGCGCGCAUCACGGUCGGAGCGCGUGCGCGCAUCCAGAGCGCCGCCCAACACCGCGCCCAAGGAGCCCGUCGUGUACAACUCGCCGUACGCGUACGCGGUGGCGGAUCCGGCGGUGUCCCCGUUCACGUUCGACAACAUAAUGGCGGUGACCACGAGCGAGGACACCGCCGUGAGCUUCCUAAUGCGUCACGGCCUCCUCGCCUCCUCUAAGACAUGCGAGUACUGCGACUAUCCCAUGAACCUGUGCGUCUACAAACGCGGCACGGAGGACGAGGACCGCCGCUGGCGAUGCCGCCGUAGCGGCUACCCGGACAAGGAGCUCAGCCUGAAGAAAGGCUCCUUCUUCGACGGCACCUAG